CGCGCGCGCAGCUGGUUGCUCGCUCGCGCCGCUGACUGAUGGACCUGGUGUGACUCCGGAUCUCUUCCGACCCUUUGGGACGAAACCGGAGGAAAACCGGGUUUUUUAUCAGCGAUGAGAACCGAACAGAUUGAACAGGGAGAGAACUCGACCAACUCGCAGAGCGAGAUGCUGAUCAACCAGCUGAAGGAGAUCACUGGCAUCAGGGACCCACAGAUUCUCUACAGAGCCUUGAAGGCCAGUCAGGGAGAUGUUGGACAUGCUGUGGGAAUGUUAACAACACAACCUGCAGAGGUUCAGGAUCCUGGGGAUCCAGAGGAGUCAGGGGCCCCUGAAGAGGCCUGGGAGGGCCAAAAAGGAAUUCGUAAAGAUGAGCUGCAGGCGGCCAUAGAGCUCAGCCUGCAGGAGUCCCGCAAUGCCCAGGAGGAGGAGAGAGAAUUUCACAGGGCUCUGGAGGCCAGUGCAGAGGAGAACGCAGCGAGAAUGAAGAGGAAACGCUGUGAGGCCCAGGGCGACAUGAGCAACCCCGCAGACUGGAUGCGUCAGGACGACUGGCCCGUGGGCAUUCGCAACGUGGGAAACACCUGCUGGUUCAGUGCCGUCAUACAGUCUCUGUUCCACCUGCCUGUGUUCCGGAGGCUGGUUCUCAACUACCAUCUGUCUGAGCGUCUCCUGGAGAAGUGCAAGAGCCACUCAGACAAGAGGAACAUCGCGUUCAUGCAGGAGCUGCGUUGCCUGUUCGCCCUCAUGCUCGGCUCCACCCGCCGGUUCGUGGAUCCUUCUGCUGCCGUUGAGUUACUGCGCGAUGCCUUCAGGAGCAGUGAGGCCCAACAGGAUGUAAGCGAGUUUUCCCACAAGCUGCUUGAAUGGCUGGAGGACGCAUUUCAACUGGCUGCCAGUGGAAACAACGCAGAGGACAAACAGAAAAACCCCAUGGUCCAGCUUUUCUACGGCACCUUCGUAACUGAAAGAAAACAUGAAGGUAAAACGCUGUGCAACACCGAGCAGUUCGGUCAGUAUCCCCUUCAAGUCAACGGCUUCAACAACCUGGAUGAAUGUCUGGAAGGAGCCAUGGUCGAGAGGGAGAUUGAGUCACUGCACUCAGAACACAGCGUUACACCCGGUCGCGAGCGAUGGUUCAACAAGUUACCGCCGGUCCUGACGUUUGAAUUGUCCAGAUUUGAGUUCAACACUCAGCUCGGCCGUCCUGAAAAGAUACACAAGAAACUGGAGUUCCCACAAAUCAUUUACAUGGACAGAUAUCUGCACAGAAACAUAGACCAGGCCCAUGAGCGGAGAGGGGAGGUGAAGAAACUCAAGGAGCAACUUGCGGUCCUUCAACAGAAGCUUGAGUGCUACAAAAACUACGGAUCCGGACCGACCAAGUAUCCUCUGGCUGACAUGCUGCAGUUUGUGUUGGAGUUUGCGACGACAAAGCCCACAAGUGUUUCCCCGGCCGAGGACCUGAGACUCGCUGCGUCUUCACCGACUCAGUCAAGUCCCCCGCUCGGUGAACCCACAUCCAGAGAGAACGGUGAACCAGAAGACACAGAUUCUUCCGAGGGCCCGGCGCCCAGCGUGUCCAGUUGCCAGCGGACCCCCAUAUACAAGCCCUUCACCCAGUGCAGACCCCCCCUGGACUGCCCCCCGCACCCUGCCCCACACAGCAUCACCGACGAGGAGCUCCACUCUGUUAAGAGCUGCCUGCAGCGCUGGAGGACCGAAGUAGAGAAUGAUAUCAAUGGUGUGCGUGUGCGUGUGUCAGAGCUACAGGCCAGCAUUGACAGGCUCAGUCAGAAGCUGGAGGGCAUGUACACAGACAACAGUCUCUGUCAGGCCCCCUACAGGCUCCACGCGGUGCUGGUCCACGAGGGCCAGGCGUCGGCCGGUCACUACUGGGCCUACAUCUACGACCACGCCAACCAGCGCUGGAUGAAGUACAACGACGUCUGCAUCACCGAGUCGUCGUGGGAGGAGCUGGAGCGCGACUCGUUCGGGGGCAUGACCAACGCCAGCGCCUACUGCCUGAUGUACAUCGACGAUAGGCUGCCCUACCUUAUCACAGAAGACACAGAUGACGAGACAGGCCAGAUGCUGCACGGCAUGGACUCCCUGCCGCCCGUCCUCCGGCGCUACGUCCACGAAGACAACCGCUGGUUCCAGCAGGAGCUCAGCGAAUGGGAGGAGCAGUUCUGCCAGACGGCCGCGCCGCAGGGAGAGACCACCGCUUCGGUCGAGAUCCCAAAUCCUGACGUCCAUCAAACAGACGUUGAGCCAGCACCUCAGUCAGGACCCUGCACGGAGGAGGAGGAGGAGGAGGAGGAGGAGGACCAGGGAGCCGCCGAGGAGCCGGAGCCGGAAGCAGAGAAGGAUCCAGAGGCCGAACCCGGAGAGAAGCCUGAAGGCUCAUCACUCUCUUUGACCCCAGAAGAAUCAGAGUCAACACCAUCACCACCACCACCACCACCACCACAGAGCCCUGGCCUCCAGCCCGACGACAGCAGCACUGCAGCCGUCACCGACACCGACGCCCCGGGGCCCGGCCCGAGCUCCACUUCAGCUGAGAAGGAGCCGCAGAGUCAGAUGACCCCUGACCCCGAAGCCGAGCUCAGAAACCCGACAUCCCCUAACCUCCAUGUGGAUGAGGACGACUCAGAGGUGACGGACCUCGGCUCCAAAGCUGAAGACGAGACGGAAGCCUCCGGAGAAGCGCCUGAACAGGAAGCAGAACAGAAGGAGGAGACGCAGCAGGAGGACGUCCCUCAGGCGAGGCAGCGACAGACCGAGGACGUGGUGUCGGAGGUGGAGAUCCCGAACGUGGGCCGGAUCAUGGUGAGGGCUGAUGCUGAUGGAUACAAUGAAGAGAUGAUGCUGACUCCAGCUAUGCAGGGAGUCAUUCUGGCCAUCGCCAAGGCCCGACACAUUUUCGACAAGGAAGGCCCCGAGGCCGGUCUCAUCAAGGCCUUCCACGAGGAGUACUGCCGCUUGUUUGAGCUCUCCCAGGAGGAGACGACGCCCCAGGAGGAUCCUCGUCUGCAGCACGCUCUCGUCUACUUCUUCCAGAACAACGCACCCAAACGCAUCAUCGAGAGGACGCUGCUGGAGCAGUUCACCGACCGGAACCUGAGCUUCGACGAGAGGGCCAUCAGCAUCAUGAGGGAAGCCCGGGCCAAGCUGCGCCUCAUCAAGCCAGACGACAUGGACAUGGAUGAAUACUUGCAGUGGCAGGACGACUACAGGCUGUUCAGGACGGUGUUUGUGUACCUGCUGACCGGCCUGGAGCACUACCAGCACGGGAAGAUGCGGGAGGCUCUGAACUACCUGGCUCAUGCAUAUGAGACCAACUCCUCUCUCCUGAAGAACGGAGAGAAACGUGGUGUGGACAAGUCGCUGAUUGGGGUUUACAGGAGGAAAUGUCUCACUGCGCUGAACGAAAGCGCCUCACGAUUGUUCUGCAGCGGCGAGGAGAGCAAGGUGGAGGAGGGCGUGGCCAUCAUGGACGAGGCCGUGAUCCCCUGUCUUCACCUGAUGAGCCGGGACCUGGUUCCAUCACAGGAGGAUCGGGACGUCACGGAGAGCAUCCGCAGCCAGUGGUGCUGCUGCCUGGGCCAGGACAUGGAGGACUCACUGCAGGUGAAGUUGGGGGAGUUGCUUCCCCGGGUCCUGGACGGCGCAGCGGAGGCUGUCGUGCUCCAGGACCCCCCCAAAGUGCACGUCCACCAGGCACACGACCUGUGCAGCCGCCUGGCCGCCGUCAUGGAGUCCAUUCACAGCACGACGGUGGUCAGCGUGAAGUAAACGUCCCGAGUGGAACCUCCGACAACCUCCUUCUAAACGUGCACCCUCAAUGCAAGCAGCACAGACGGUGGACUGAUCUGUGCUGAGCGACUGUUCGGUGGAGACAUUUGUGUUGUUCACAUUGUCUGCUUCUUUGGCGUCGCACACAAAUAUUGUUUUUGAUAUGUUAACACAUGCAAGCUGUAAGCACUCAUUGGGGAUUAGUAGAUACGGGAAGGGGGCGGGGCUGCCACCACAUGAACACACGCUCAUUGCAACAGCAACUCAAUUUUGUUCCACCCCAAAAUCCUUUGAUGCAUCUGCAGCCUUGUACUGGCCAACAUUUCAAAUGUGCUGCAGCUCUAGAGAGGAUUCUAAAGAUUUACUCUGUGUAACUAUCACAAACAAUUAUUUGUGAAACCAACCUGCUGACGUGAAACAACAUGACGUCAAAACCCCACUCGUAAAAAUUGACAUGUUGUACUGACACUGGCUUAAUUUGUUCAUUUUAAAAAGUGGCAAUAGUUAAGACGUUUUCUGGGAUUAACUCCGCAAAAUGUUUUUCUGGCGUCUACCUUUUUAAUAUGAAGAACUUAGCUGGAGACUGUUUGGGUCCGAUACGUUCACAACAACAGGAAAACAUCUGUAUCAUUCAGGCGGAGUAACAUCUGUGUAUCGCAGCCGGACGCAGGACAUGACAUAUAUAUUACGUUUUUGCACAUCGACAUCAGCCCCUUUUGCCAAAAGCUCUUGAAUCUCGUCGUCUUUCCCAGUUCACGUCUUCUGUGUGUGUGAAGCCUCUCUUUCAUCCUGAGAUAUUUCUAUUCCUCCAGUUUUGCAUCUGUCUCGUGUUAGAAACAUCGUCAACACAUCAGCUCCUUCGCUCGCUUGCUUGCUCUGGAUUUUUCCUGAAAUUUUCUUGCAGUAUUCUCACAUGGACUGACUUUGACAUUUGCCUUCUCAUGUACAACCACUCUAGAGGAUUUCAGGUAAAUGCUCCGACUUCAGUGCGUGUCUGAAAGCAUCUUCGGACAGUAACACACAACUUUGCUGGGAUUGUUGAUUUGUUGAUUGUGUUGCUAAUCAGCGUGAAUGCACGAUGAAGCCUCUUGAUUUGUACUGCAAAGUAACAGAGUUCUGUUUGUUAGCUCUUUUUUUUUUAAAUAUAUAUUUUAUAUUACUUUGUAUUUUUUCCAAAACAGACUCUAGAAAGUUUUACGCGUAAAGGAAAAUUCAGAAUCGUAUUCACAGAAUGCAGCGAUGCAUAAAAGAUAUUAAUGUACGACUUUAAAAAACAAAGGGAGCUGGCUCAGAACACUCAGUUCAUCUGUGAGCUGGAGUGUUAGCGGCUCUUCUUUGUAUGACAGCACCUUGCAUAUACAACUGUGCCUUCUUUGAGAUGUUCCUGUAACAGCUGCUGAGUCCACUCUGCCUUUUCACUUGGUGUCUGUGAUGAUACUCAAUAAAUGUUUAAAUACGC